UUCUGUCCGUCCUGCCACUUUGCCGUGAUACACCAGGAGAGAGGCUCUACUGGUUGCAAUAUCGACGAAUUACUUUCAAUGGAUUGUCUGGAGAGAACGACAUCGAUAUUCGCGCGUGAAUCACGGAACGAGUCGUAGAAAGACGUUAUUUGUCAAUGAUGUAUCGUAAUCGAAGGGUCCUUACAAGGAACUCGUGCUCGAUAGACUCGUUGCACGACCAACACCAAGGGUUCGUUUUGCACGCGCGGGACAACUUCCGGUUGCUGAUCCGUGCGAAACAGGCAAGCAACAAAUAGAUUGAUGGUGGCCGAUAAAAAGGAAUAGAAACAGAUGGAAAGCGAAAGAAGAGGCAAAAGAAGAGAGACUCGGACUCGGUGUACGCACAUAAUGUACGAGUCCUGAGAGGAGUUGGAGUCCCUCCCGGAGGCGCGGCGCCGCGCCGCGCCACGGCACGACGUUGCGACUAUAAGUAAGUCUCGCGCGGCGCGCCGCGGCUUAAUGCCGUUACCGCGUUCGUGGCGCCAAGAGGAAGGCCCAUUGGCGACGAUAAGCCUCCUUCGUGUCCGGCACGAACGAGAAAAAGAAAGAGAGAAAAACGGAGAUAGAUACGCAGCAGCCAGCUUUCACCCGCGUUUCAGCAGUGAAUAUAUAUACCCCGCCGGGGUGUGGAUCGCGACAGUAUAGAUAAUACGUAGCUGUCAGUCGUAUCCGAGGCCAGUGUCAGUCUAGAGUUAGUGUCGGUGAACAGAGUGACCGAGUGUCGUUCGUGAGCCACUUAAUAACACCUAUCGGAAAGAUAAACUUCCCAACCCCUAGCUAUUAUCGCUUGGUACACGGCCAGUUUCAUUUCGUUCAGUCAGUCUUAUUUUUUUUUUUUCCUGUUUCUUUUUCAUCUUCUAAUGAAAAUAAGUCGCCUAUGAUUUUUUCAGUCUAUAAUUCUUUCGCAAACUUUAUCUCCGUUUCGAGUGGAUAAAUUUUUUAUCGUGUAAUUAUAAAAUUACUGUGUAAUUAUAAAAUUACUUGUGCUCUGUGACUCCCGUACUUCUAGUACGCAGUAAGAAUCGGUGCAAGUGUUAAACAACGGUAGAGAUCGGUGGAGAGGGAGCAGCGGAUCGGUGGUUGGUGUCAAAGGGGUGCGCAUGGUCCGUGCGGACCGGCUAAGAUCACCUCUGUGGUCGAGCGUGGACCUUUCCACUGGGCCGUUUGAACGGCCGCGUUUCGACGUUCCACCAUGUCGGGGCUGCUUUACACGCUUUUAGGGUUGGCGGCUAGCUCGAGCCUUCACUGUGCCGUUCGCCGUGAGAUAAGCCCGUGCACCUGCCGGCAGGAGGAGUUCUCCACCUCGGUUAUCAAUCCGGCGCAGGCGGUCGCCGCAGCCGCGGCCGUCGCGGCUGUUGCCACAACCGGUAACAAUGCCGGCCACCAUGGACACGGAGAGCGAAUCGAGGUCGUGUGCGAGCGGAUGGACUCUUUCGAACAAGUGGCAGGAGCGUUGAGAGGCAAAUUCACCACCGAACAGCAGAUUACAUUGCGCGUCUCGCAUUCGAAUCUCAGGGAUAUAUCGCGGCACGAUUUUAAAGAACUGCGGAUGUCCAUCACGAAGCUCGAGCUGAAUCACGAUCGUCUAGGGUUCGUGGACGGCGAUGUUUUCGCGGGGUUGGGAAGAACGCAAUACCUUAGUCUCGCGGAUAACGAAGUACCAUCUAUACCGAGACAUAUUCUGUCGCAUCUGUCACUGCUAAGGACCCUAGAUCUUAGCAGAAAUCGGAUAAGCCGUAUAGACUCGGAUGACUUUAAGUACAAUCCGACAUUGCAGCAUCUACUGCUGGCCGGAAAUGCGAUUUCAGAAAUGAUGCCAGGCUCAUUACCGCCAUUGGUCAAGCAUCUACACGUCGGCCGCAAUCAGUUGCAAAGUCUGAAUCGAACAUUACGAGAUUUGAAUCAGUUGGAGUGGUUGCUAAUUAACGCCAACGAGCUCGCAUCUCUAGACGGCGAGCUACCAUCCUCUGGCCACAACCUGAAGAUGCUCUACGCCGUGGACAAUAAAUUAACUCACUUGCCAGCCGAAUUUCGCUACCUGCACCGUUUGGAAAGUCUGUAUCUUCAGCACAAUAAAAUUCGCAGCCUCGAUGGCACGCUGCAAAAGGCUCGUAGAUUGAAGUUUCUCGAACUUUCGUACAACGAUCUGCAAGAGUUGACGAAAGAAGAUUUCAUAGAGGCAGAGAUGUUAGAAGACUUGGAGCUGGGACACAAUUCUCUAAAAUCGCUGGGCAGCACGGUUAGUGAUGACGGCGAUGGAAAUGGGAGUAAUAGUGUCCUUUACCCUCUCAAAUCUCUCAAGUGUUUAAAUUUGACGCACAAUGAGCUUCGCGAGUUCUCAUUCGCGUCACUUCGUGGCCUGCGCGAGCUACGUUUGCUCGAUCUCUCGAACAACAGAAUCGCGCGGCUCCACAGAGGAAGAACACCGUCAGAGAAUUUAGUAGAGGAGGAAGGAGAAGAAACGGCGGGUGGAAAUAUCCAGGAUAUGCAACUGCAACACAACGAGCUACGAAGCUUGGACGGCUCGUUGUUUCUUGGAAUGAAGGAAUUGCAGAAGCUAAAUCUCAGUUACAACGCUUUAGGACCGACGAUUGGACAGCGUGAUCUACGAGGUCUCGAUGGUCUCAAAGUCCUCGAUCUCUCUCACAACGAGCUUACUACACUUGAAGAUACGUCAGAGACGUGGCUUCCCUCUCUCGAAGAGCUGAACGCGUCGCACAAUCGUUUGGUGACAUUGUCUGAAAGAGACUUCCGUGGAUUUCCUGUUCUCUGUUGGGCAGAUGUGAGUGCAAAUCGGAUACGUACUCUAAUGCCAGAACUCGUGGCGAACACACGUUGCACUGUUCACGGAGUGCCUGACGUACUUCGCAUAUAUCUUCAAGAUAAUCCGGUGUUGUGCGAUCCUGGACUCGCAGACUUGACCGUGGCUUUCGAAGUCAAUCACGCCAAAGUCUAUGGUGUCGCCAAUAAUUGUCCAACGACCGUUUCAACUCCCACCGAGCAAACGUCGCCACUUCCGCCGUUGCCACCGACGUUGUUGUUAGCUGCCGCGGCGGCUGCUUCCGGAGGAAAUGUUUCUUUCGCAGCGACCCUCGAGUAGUCCACUGGAAAUAGGAUAAAGAACGUAAGAUACGAUCGAUCGGCACAAUAAAGUUAAAAAACGGAAACGAACAAGAAGGAAGAAACGAUCGAGAGGAAGAAUUUAUUCGACUCGCGGUCGCCCGUUUGUACGAUGCUACAAAGAUAGAUAUCUAUGAAAUGGACACUGAAAUGGAUAUCGAGGGUACUAUUGGCCAUUGUGAUAAACGGGUGAUUCUUGGUGCAGUCUCGUUUUCAAGUUCGACACGGGCGUUUUAGUUCGUUAAUCUAAUCCGCUUGCGUGGAUUUCUUGGAAGCAUUCGAAUGAAAAGGAAGCUGCAUAAUAAUAAUAAUAAUGAUAAUGAUGAUAAUAAUAAUAGUAACAGAAUAACACACACAUGCAUUCGUUAACAUCAUGAGACACUAACGGGACAUCUCAUACGUCGCUAAUCCUAUAAUCGAUAGUUAAAAACUGAUUGCAUCGGUCUUUAAAUCGGUAGAUGUGUACUGCAUUUGCUGUAGUAAUUAUUAAGUAAAGAUAUAUAUUUAUUUUAGCGAGUUUUCAUCACAUAUCGUGAGAGACGUUGUUCCUUUUAUUGUGACAGAACGAUCUCUCUAUACGUGUUAGAUAGUAGAGCACAAAAACUCGAAAACGAAUUGUAACAUUUCCUGAAAAAAUAAAAAAAAGAAAAAGCAUGUAUGUUAUAUAUUCGUGCCGAACACAAGCUGAAAGAGUUGUCGGAAUACCAUCUUUGUCUAAAUCGAAGUUCAGGAACAAUUUGUUAAAGUUUUUGUUUUAUAAUAGACGACAUCGUUACACUGUAAAUAGUCAUUAAUUCCAUUAUUUUUUUCACACCAUACGUCCUGUUUAACAAUAGAUAGAGUUAGAUGAUCUUUCGAACGUCUCAUUACAAAUUUCAAUUCGCAUUCCAACUCGUAUUAUUUAGGAUUUUCAUCUACUUCUAUUAAUAUCUUGAAAUAUACACACAUAUACAUACAUACAAAGUUUUCGGGAUCGAUUAAUGAAAUUAGCUUUUAAUCGAGCUCGAAAUUAUCGUUAAUCAUCCAUACUUCAAAGUAUUAUCCGUAACGCUUAUGUGACGUAUUGUGUAUCAAGAUUUUCGUGCUCCGAUUGCCUUAGAUUAUUCAUUAUUAAUAUCGGUUCAUACGAAUAAUAUCUAGUAUGCCACUAUAUUAUGUAAGAUAACAUAUAGAAUUCUCGCAUUAGUAUAAUAGUUGAAUAUUUAUUUUCUCUUAAGCGAAAAAAAUGAACUUUUAAAUUAAAUGUAAUAAACAGAGAUUAUUCAUUAGAUAUUAAUCGUAUCGAACCUGAUCAACGCAGACAACGUGAAUACGGCUAGUGUACAUCAUAGUAACGCAUCGAUUCCCAUCGUCAACGUUUCGAUCUUUAAUUAAAUUCUUGAAUGAUCGAGUAAAUGAACGAUCGGGCGGGUCAAUAGUGUAAGUGAAAUCUGUUAACUUACGUUGUGUACGCGAUAUGAGCUGAUUGGCAGUGGGCGAUCAAUUGACUCUCUCGUUAACUCUUGCCAAUAGGGAUGAAUUGUUAUCAACGUGCUUCUAUGCAUACAUAAUCAAUUGGCCCUUUCCAUGUAUGAGUAAGACGCGUAAAUAUUUCGUAAGUAGUUAUGUUAAUAUCAAAAUUGAAUGUAAAAUACAAUAAA